GACCGCAGUCUCUUCCCUUUCAUCCGGGCAACAACAACCUUGCGAGGCCGCUGACGUUGGCCAGGUUACCAUGGGCCAGGCAAGGAGCCGGAAGAGAGCCGGCACGACCCCGCUGAGCGGCCAAGGAGUCGGAAGCGGGCUGGACUUGACCCUCCUGCCCCAGGAGCUGCUGGUGCUGAUCCUGAGCUGGGUGCCGGGCCGGGCCCUGGUGACUCGCGGCCGCCUGGUGUGCCGGCAGUGGCGGGACCUGAUCGACGGCCCCACCCUCUGGAAGCUCCAGGGGGAGAGGGACCCCUCCGGGCGGGAAGCUCUCAAGGCCGCCCUGGAAGCGGCCCGUCAUUGCCCCCGCAUGGAGUGGGCCCGGGUGGGCGUCCUGCAGCCCUUCGGGAGGAACCUGGUCAGGAAUCCUCGAGGGGAAGAACAAUUUCAGCACUGGCAGGUCGGACAUGGGGACGGCGUCUGCUUGGGGGACAACACCUGCUGGAUAUCACAGCUCGUCGAUUUGGUGAAGGAAGGCUUGUGGGAAGACGUCCUGGACACCUUCCAGCCGGAUAUUUUGAUCUCUGACUGGUGGGGCACCCACGAAAAAUGCGGCUGCACCUACAACCUCUACGUCCUCCUCCUGGCAGCCGACAAAAACUCCGUGAUCGACAGAUUUGUCACCAAGGUGGACCCUGCGGAGGAGUGGAACGUCCCGUUUCAGCAGGCUUCCCACGUCUUCAGAAAGUAUGGCCCUGGAGUGCGCUACCUGCGGUUCCAGCACAUCGGCAAUCGCCCCGGGGCGGAGCGCACGGAAGCUCACAUCACCAACUCCACCGUCUUGGUGAAACUCUCAGGGUAGACUCCGAUUGGGACCCUUCCCUACUGGGAAAAUGUGUAACACCCCCCCCCCAAAUUCCGAAAGGCUCAAGGCCAUUUUCCACCUUCCGGCGGCGCCUCCUCAGGCGCAUUUCAGAGAACUGAAGAGCGGCCAUUUGCUUCGAGCAUCCUUCUGGUGGGGCUGAAGGGCGAAGGGGCGGUACCCUUGAGCAACCUGUAGCGCUGCUGAAGGCGGAGCCGGCCAGAAACCGGCUGCCACAGCUCACCUUCAGGGACUUCGAGAAGAUUCUUGGCGCUGUGCUGGCAGCGGCUGCCAAAGCAAUGUUUUCAAAAAUCAGAACAGGCAAUGAAAUCUCCGGUGGUCAAUGAGAAGCCUUGCUGGGCAAAAGCCCUGCUGGGUGGUGCCCACGUCUAAAAACACGGGCACCGGGAAAGGUGUGGGCAGAUGUCAUGUGGCGCCCACGGGGACUGUGUUGGGGGUCAAAGAUAUGAAGGGGAAAGCUGUCGUGCAGGGGUGUCAAACAUGCAGCCCAGGG